CUCCAAACAGAACUUUUAGAAGCAGGGAAAGGAGAGGCAAAUCUACAGAGAACCAAUGGGGGGGUUCUCAUCAAGGAUUCCGCCUUUCCUUCUUCUUGUUUUGGUUUUCUCUAUGUUGCAGAGACCCAGUUUCGCUAUCAAACAGUCUUAUGUGGUAUACUUGGGAUCACAUUCACAUGGUCCAGAAAUCACACAAAGUCAUAUUGACCUAGCCGCACAAUCUCAUUACGAGUUUCUCUCAGAUUUCGUUGGAGGCCCCGAGGCAGCCAAAGAAUCGAUUUUAUACUGCUACACAAAACAUAUAAAGGGUUUUGCAGCGACCCUUGAAGAAGAGAAAGCAGCUGAGAUCGCAAAGCAUCCCAAGGUUAUAUCAGUUUUCCCAAACAAAGGAGUGAAAUUACAUACAACCCGGUCGUGGGAUUUUCUUGGAUUGGGGAAAGAUGGUGCAGCUCUACCUGGGUCACUAUGGGAGAAGGCCAGAUAUGGGGAAGAUAUAAUAAUUGGAAACCUCGACUCUGGUGUUUGGCCGGAAUCAAAGAGCUUUAGUGAUGAUGGGUAUGGACCCAUUCCAUCAAAGUGGAAAGGAGGUUGUACGGACACUAGCCCUAACGGAGUUCGUUGCAAUAGGAAGCUGAUUGGCGGCAAGGCCUUCAACUUAGGAUACCUAGCGGCCGUUGGCAAAACCUUCAACACCACACGCGACGAAGACGGUCAUGGAACCCACACCUUAUCGACCACGGGCGGAAACUUCGUCCAAAACGUCAAUAUCUAUGGAUUCGGCAAUGGCACGGCCUCGGGAGGAUCACCAAGGGCGCGUGUAGCCUCCUACAAGGUGUGCGGUGUGCCCGUCGGAGAUCAUGCGUGCUUCGCCGCCGACAUCCUCGCUGCUUUUGAUGCCGCCAUUCACGACGGUGUUGACAUUCUCUCCAUGUCCCUAGGAGACAACCCCACCAACUACUUCAAUGAUAGCAUGGCCAUCGGUUCUUUCCACGCCGUCAGGAACGGUAUCGUUGUGGUAGCCUCGGCCGGAAACGAUGGUCCGACAGAAGGCACCGUCGAAAACUUGGCCCCCUGGAUGUUCACGGUGGCCGCCAGCACCUUAGACCGCCGGUUCCAGGCCAACGUGAAGCUUGGUAACAAUCAGCAGUUGAUAGGGGAGAGCCUCUCCACGAUUUCCCUGCCUUCGGUCGGCAAGAUGUACCCUCUGGUGAUCGACGACUACUGCAUGCCUGGGUCGCUGCACCCGGAGCUGGUAAAGGGGAAGAUACUUGUGUGCCCGAUGGGAACUGAGGACAAGGAUGUGGUCAACACAGGGGCUGUGGGGGUUAUAAUUGUUCACGAGGAUGACUUUGUUGAGCCCGAUCUUCACAAGGUCCCUGCUUCGCAUUUAUCAAACACGGACGGUCUUGCGUUGUACAAGUACAUUAACUCGACGAAAGCACCCACGGCUUACAUAUCACCGGUCACGACGAAGCUGGGUGAGAAGCCAGCACCUUUGAUGGCCUCAUUUUCCUCCCGGGGACCCAACAACUUGACCCUUGAGAUUCUCAAGCCCGACAUCACUGCACCAGGGGUGGGCGUCUUGGCUGCAAUCAACCCAACUGAUGUCCCAGCCAUCACAUAUAACUUAAUGUCAGGCACUUCUAUGUCUUGCCCUCACGUCGCUGGUGUUAGUGGCCUCCUCAAGAAACUCUACCCCCAUUGGAGCCCCGCCGCCAUCAAAUCUGCCAUCAUGACCACCGCAAGUACGAGGGAUAAUAGAAGGAAGCCAAUGAUGAAUUCGAAAAAAAAGAGAGCAAAACCAUUUGACUAUGGAGCAGGACAAGUUCGACCCAACAGUGCCAUGGAUCCUGGUUUGGUCUAUGACCUAACCAACAUCGACUACAAGAACUUCCUAUGUGCCAUUGGCUACAACCAAAUUUUAAUAAGCCUCUUCUCAGAAUCAAAGCUGCCAUACACAUGUCCCAAUCCCCCCAUCAGUCUCUUGGACUUCAACUAUCCUUCCAUCACAGUACCCAGUCUCUUCGGCUCCGCCACUAUGACGAGGAAACUAAAGAAUGUUGGGUCUCCAGGUACAUAUAAGGCCCAGAUUCGACCUCCCUUGGGAAUUUCUGUUACGGUGGAACCAGCUAUCUUGACAUUCAAUUCAAUUGGACAAGAGAAGACGUUCAAACUAACCAUGAAGACUAAGCGACCUGGUUAUGCUAAAGACUACGUAUUUGGCGAGCUUAAAUGGUCUGAUGGGAUUCACCAGGUCAAGAGUCAAAUUGUGGUUAAGGCAAAAUAGAGUUUCCUACUUUCUUUUCUCUAUCUGCUUGGAUGAUAUGAGAUGAGAUGAGAUGAGAUGAGAUGAAAUGGUUUAUCCAUCCAAUAACAUGGUAGGAAGGAAAUCAUCCUUCGUUCUUAGUCUCAAAGUGACAAAGACACUACUUAUGAUCAACUCUCUUACCAAUCUCUCCUGUCUCAGAAGAAAUCAAAGGCUUGAAAAUAUAGAACCACAUUUUCUUACA